AUGUGUUGUAACUGUAGGGACUUGGAUGAAAAGUUUGGUAAAAAACGAUACAGGAUUCGUUCUUCCCAUACGGCCAUUGGAAACCACUGUCCACUAUUCCAAGAUCAAGGAAAGGUCACGAGGCUGAAUUCACUCUUAAAACUAGUUUCCCAACAUUCGCUAGCUACGGUGAGCCAUUUAUACAUGGCACCCCCAUCGUGGGAGUUUCCAGGAUUGAUCAAAAUCUCGGUGCACGGUGGCCGCCCAUGUGAGCCUAAUCAACGGACAUGGGCUGCUUCACCUUUUGUGGUGCACAUUCCUUCUUUAUGCACCAGUUGA